AUGCAAUUAACCAGGCUUCCGGACCAGCUACCGUAUCCGAGUCUUCCGUCGUUUCAGCUGAAGCUACGAUACAGUUGCCGCCUGUGUCUAAGGUCCUUGAUUCUGAGGAAGCUGCUUCUAAACUGCAGAAGAAGCUUGAGAAUUUACGCGUUCCACUGCGUCAACAUGUCAUUCUUCCAAACCAUAUUUUGGUUCCUGAAUCUGAAAAGAGCAAGUUUAGCUUUGGGAGCCUGGGAAUCAAUUUUGGGGUUACUACAAAUUAUGUUACCAGCCCAGAGACCCAUAGAGUUUAUGAGUUUUGCUUCCGUUGACGAGCCUUUUUCCAAGGUAGCUUUUUGUUGA